UGUCCCCAGGCCGGCCAUGUGGAGAUGAGCGGCUACAAAACUCGCCGGGCAAACGUGAUAGGUCGUCCGCCUUGAUGACAUCUACAGAAAUCAGUCGUCUGUACUGUCCUAACUGUAAGAAGAUUCUGAGGGAUCCCCGGCAAGUCACCGUGUGCGGUUGUCGGUUCUGUGCUGGCUGCAUUGAUCAGAGACCAGCGCAGGGUGGCAGUGCUGAAAGUGUUUACACAUGUGCUGUUGAUGGAGCAAAGUACAAGAGGAGAGAUGUUCGUAAGGACAGAGGUUGUCAAAGGGAGAUAGAGUCUCUAGAGGUUGACUGCCCUACUCAACCACAUCCUUGUUCGUGGAGAGGCAAACUCACUGAUAUGGAGCAUCAUGAGUCAGAGGAGUGUCCCAAAAGACUGAGGGAGUGUGAUCUCAAGUGUGGAGGCAAGUAUCUGGCAGAGGAGUUGGAACAGCACAUGGCCAGAGAUUGUAACAGACGACCAGUCCCUUGCCAGUACUGCAAGCAUCAACUGCCAAUGAAAGACUUACAGGAUCAUUACAUGGGCUGUGAACAGGCUCCUGGAGUGUGCACCCACUGCAAACAAACUUUGGAGUCAAAAACUGAGCUCUCUCAGCAUCUUCAGGUGUGCCCCGAGUAUACAGUGUCAUGCCCAUGCAGUGACUGCAACUUCAAGGGAUCGAUGAGUGAUAUGAACUGUCAUCUCGCUACCUCACAUGUAUUCCAACUAACACAAGAAUGUUUAACAACUCGUGUGGAGCUAGCGGCCCUGCGUGCUGAAAACUCUACACUACACAGCGAAGUCUCGAAUCUUGCUAGCCAAGUUGACAGACUACUGAUAUCGAGCGAGGCUAAGAACACAGAAAUGAAAGAACUAAAACUUUACUCUGAGUGGGUAGCGAGUAGAGAGAGAGAAGAACUACGGUUGAAGGGUGAUUGUGUAGAAACUGACUCGGCAGCAAGCGGAGGGGGAGAGAGAAAGGGAAGGAGAGAGGAAGAUGAUUCGAGGCUUCGGCAUAUCAGCGAGACUCUAAUUGGGCUCCAGAGCCAAGUGACAGAGCAUGGGAAUCAGCUUGAAGACAUGCGACUACGACAAGACAUCACGGACGUCAAAACGACAAACGGAGUUCUUGUUUGGAAGAUUCCCGACGUCCGAAGGAGGUAUCGCGAAGCCGUCGAGCGAAAGACGACAAGUCUGUAUUCCCCUCCGUUUUACACCAGUCAACACGGCUACAAGGUCUGCAUCAGGAUUUACCUAAACGGAGACGGCAUAGGGAAAGGGACCCAUAUCUCUCUGUUUUUCUUUCUCAUGCGUUCAGAGCACGACAAUCUGCUCAGUUGGCCGUUUAAACAAUCAGUCCGAUUCACUCUCCUGAAUCAGAAAAGACCGCCGCAGAGUAUAUCUGAGGCUUUCAUGCCAGACUCAAAGAGUUCCUCUUUUCAGAAGCCAGAGAGGGACAUGAAUGUGGCGAGCGGAUUUCCAAAGUUUGCCCGCCAAACAGUGCUCCAAGACGAGGAUUGUACGCAGGACAAUAUGAUUUUUGUCAAGUGCCAAGUAAACUUGAGUGGCCUCCAGGAUGUUUAGCCUGAUUGAACCAUGUGUUAUCAUUUACAUCAUGCUCAGCUAAGAUCUGUAAUCACAGAAUCUAGACUUUACUACUGUGUUGUUUUUGCAUGUAGCAACAACACCCAAGGAAAGCCGUGCAUGAGUGGUCAGGGAAAGAAUACCUGUCAGUUCAAUGCAAAGCAAGCACUCCUUGUUUGACCCAGAUGUUUGUAGAUAAACACUGGAAACAUACACCUCAGUCAGUGCCAUGACAACGGAAGCACU